AUGAGCAGACAACGUAUCGUGUCCAAAUACAACGUAGUCCGCUCGAAUCUGAUCACCAACGAGACGACGCCUCUCCAAGUGGGCAAUGGUAAUUUUGCGUUUAAUGUUGAUAACACAGGCUUACAGACAUUUCUCCCAUUCAACACACUGUCCAGCUGGGGCUGGCAUAAUGAUUCUCUACCAAGCAAUGGGGAGAAGCUUGAGGAUUACCAUGGAAUCUCUAUGCUAACACAUGGACGGAACGUCUCAUACGAUAUCCCCGACCCUGACCUCCCUGAAGUUUCACAAUGGCUCACUGCCAAUCCCAAUCGCAUAAACCUAGGACGCAUAGGAUUACAGUAUAAAGGGUCACUUGUCUCUGCAUCUCAAAUUACAGAGCCACGACAAGAGCUCGACUUAUGGAAAGGAGUUAUUACCUCGACUUUCAAGGUUGACGGCCAAAUUGUCAAGGUGGUCACCCAAGGCGACUUCGAUUCCGACUCGGUAGUCUUUGAAAUUGAGUCAAGUCUAAUCGCAUCUGGUGAUUUGGCUGUCGAGCUAGACUUUCCAUAUCCGCCCAUCCAUUCUACCAAAUAUAAAUACGAGGUCUUCGUUGGUGUCUACGAUUUCCCGGGAAAUCAUACCAGUGCCAUUGAAGAGUACAGAGGCAACAUGGCACAUAUUCGACACGAGCUGCAGGAGACAAAUUACUACCUCAAUCUGCGAUGGGGUUCUGGACACCCACUACACCUUUCUCGUCAACACAAUGCAACCCACAAGUACACUCUAAAAUCCAAAUCGUCAUCGACAAUGACAUUUGCGGCGAACUUUUCGCCAGGAAAGCGAAUGGCUGAUUUACCAUCCGUGAUCCAGGAGCGUAGCUCCACGGCUUGGAGCAAGUACUGGACUCAAGGAGGAUUUGUCGAUCUAACAUCCUCCUCUAACCCCAAAGCAGACGAGCUGCAGCGUCGCAUCAUUCUAUCACAAUACCAUGUGCGGGUGAACAGCGCAGCCAAGGGACAGUCACCUCAGGAGAGCGGUCUGAUGAACAAUGGGUGGUAUGGGAAGUUUCACAUGGAAAUGGUAGUAUGGCACAACGCGCACUGGGCGACAUGGGGUCGACAGGAACAAUUUGACAACAUCUUCCCAGAAUUAUACAACGCAUUACUACCAUCAUCAAUCGCACGGGCAAAGUCUAUGGGUUGGGAUGGUGCACGGUGGCCGAAGAUGACUGAUGUUGAAACCGGAGUGAGCUCUCCAGGUGGUAUCAACGGUCUUCUAUUGUGGCAACAGCCUCAUCCCAUGUACCUGGCAACUCUGGCUUAUCAAGCAUCCCCGACACGCAAGACCCUUGAAAGAUGGGACCGCGUUCUGACGGCCACAGCUGAUUACAUGGCCUCUUAUGCCUGGAAGAAUACAGCUCAGGCUAUUACGAUCUGGGACCACCGUAUGGCAUAUGGUGUGACUGAGAACACACCUCCUUCUGAAAGCCUCAAUCUUGCAUAUGAGACCGCCUACUGGAGAUAUGGGCUUGACGUCGCGCGUGAGUGGAAAAAGAAACUUAACCAGCCAGUCCCCGAUAAAUGGACAGUAGUUGCGGAAGGGCUCGCUCCACUCCCGCUAAUUGAUGGUUUGUAUGCUGUUUACGAAAGACUGAACAGUUCAUGGUGGAAUGAUAGCUCUCUAACUGGGGACCCUCGGAGCCUGAUCAUGCUUCAAGGUAUCCUCCCUAACACGCCAGCAGUUGACCCGGAUGUUGCUUCGAACACAGCAGAGAAGGUAUGGGAAGUGUGGACCGACGACAAGAUAAGAGGAUGGGGUAGACCGGUACUUACAAUCAAUGCGGCACGGCUGGGAGAUCGCGAGCGAGCGAUAUACCACCUGACCGCAUAUGAUUAUUGGAAUUUUGAUGAUGCUGGGUUUGCCGAGCGUGGAGGAGAUGGAGGAACCCCUCCUCCCUUCAUGCCUGGUAAUGCUGGGCUACUUUAUGCUGUGGCAUACAUGGCUGCCGGUUGGGAAGGAUCUCAGGGCGACGCUCCCGGCUUUCCUCAGGACGACAAAAUGUUUCCUAAGUUAGCAUGUGUCCUCCUCGCCCUCGAGGCAUCUGCGCAAACUUUGACAUCUACUGCCGCUACCUCAACCCUGCCCACACUUCAACCAGACUGGUACUUUAUCCGUGCCGUGGAAACGCCCUACUACCACAGCUACCUCCAGACCAUCCCAAGUGCCACACCUGGACCUGCCUAUCUAGCUUCUAACACAAAUGCGGGCCAAUUCAAUAUCGUCUCGGGUCAGCUCGUUUACGAUACCGGCAACGAGCAGCUGUACAUGAACGUAGAGGACCCCGCAAACAAAACACAACGAACUUUACAAACUUGGUUUAAUGAAACCGAGAACGCAUACGGGACUUUUGCCUUCCAAGGAGAUGCGAUCACCUGGACGGUAGAGGAUAUUGAUCGGCAGAAUACUGCGGCGUGGUAUGUUUGUGAGGAGGAUAAGCUGUAUAUCAACACAGGGGCUUAUGGCUAUGAAACACCCGAUGGGUGUUAUGAUCAAACUAUCCAUUCAUACGGAGGGUCGACACCAACUGUUUGA